AAAUAUUUCACCAACACAAGUGGGAAGUGCUUACUUACACUUUUUUUACUUAAAGUUACUUACUUAGAUUAUUUUAGAUGUAAUUAUUGUAAUUAGUUCUAGAUUCUAGAUCUACAUCUAAAAAUGCCAAGUAUAGAAGAUUGGACUACUCAGCCAUAUGCUAUCAUUCAAAAAAUAUAUGAGGAAUGUGGAAAUAGUAAGCAUGAGGACUUUGUCCAAAAAGUGCAAGAUUAUUUUAAUGAAAGAUUGAGUCACACUUCAUUAACAAAGAUCCCUUCUCUGAAUUCUGUACCUCUUGAUCAGCUGAAAUCGGGUACUCUUGUGAAAUAUCGCUGUAUGAUUCAGGACGUAUUUGACCCCCAGUUUUGCAUUGGCCAAUAUAAGGUGACGAAUACUACUACUCAUGAAAGUCGCAUUGAAUGUGGAUCAUUUCGUGAUGUUCCUAAUGUUGCACCAAAUGAAACUGUUGACUAUGCAGAAAAUAAUCACAUUGAAAGACUAGGAUUCUAUUGUGUCCCAAUCCCUGGAGAGUCAGAAUGGGUUAAGACAGCAGACAGUUGUAAUGUAGAUAUGGUGGCAUCAUCUAGCACAUCAUCUGGACAAUAUAAGAGACAAAGAGAGAUGGACAAUGAUGAGUCAUCAGAGUCUAGUUCAGAUCAAAAUUCGGCUAAAGAAUUAAAAGACAAUUCAAAAGAUGUGGAAAUGUGUAGUCCGAGUGCUAGUAGUUCCGUUCAGACAGCAUUGCACAAGGAAGUCAAUAGCAACACCAAAAUUGGAUUUGACAUGAAUUUUCCGUUGUCUACUGAAAAGGGCCUACCAAUCAUUAUUCGGGUAUAUUCUAACGAACCAGAGCUAAGAACUACUGAUGCUGUAGAAUUUGUUGGAAUUCUUUCUGUUGAUCCACAGCUAGCAUCUAUAUUUGAUGAUGAAAUGGAGGCUGAAGAUGUGGCGUGUCAGCAGGAAUUGAAAGCACAUGAACCACCACCAUCAUUAGUUCCCCGAAUGCAUGCUCUUGUGAUAAGAAAACUUCACCAUAAUAAUCCAUAUUUACCGCCUGUUCCUUCAGAAGAACUUUACAAAACAGCUGUCAAAAGUUUAAUGGAAGAUGCUGCUAGCAUACGCUUUGAGUUGCUUUCAAUACUUCAGCAUGCCUUACUAAAUGACAGACUGGCUGCUGAAUAUUUACUGUGUCAUCUCAUCUCUAGUGUGUAUGCACGAGCUGAUGUUUUACCUCUUGGAAAGCUGUGUAUAAAUCUAAGCGGUUGCCCAGUUACUCAGAAAUACACCAAAUUCUUGCAUCAUCUUAUUUCUCAAAUAACACCACAAUCUGUCAUUCUUGAUAUGUCCAUUGAAAAUAUGAACUCCUUACGGUUGAUCCCUCAAAAGAAUUAUCAAGUCAACCGUAUUACUGCUGGCAUGCUUCAGCUUACUCCUGGUACACAUCUGGUGUUGGAUGAGACAGAACUACGACAAGGACAACUUAAUCACACAGGUGUAACCAAUGUGAAAGCUCUUGCAGAUGUUAUCAAUUGGCAAAAAGUAGAUUAUGAUUUUCAGUGGCAUCCAAUACCUGUCCACACUAACAUUAACAUUCUCACAUUGUCUGAAGGAGAAUCUCUUCUUCCUAAAGAUAUCCAUGUACCAUUAGUUCCUGACCAGCUUAUAACAGAUAUUCCAAGUCAUUUUUCAAAGUUAGAUCAUCGGAUGACACCUGAUAACUUAAAUAAGCUGCGUUCAUACAUUACAGCAUGUAGGCUAUGUGAAUAUCAAGUACCAGAGGAAAUGCAAGUGAUAAUUCAAGAUGAUUUUGUAAAUACAAGGCAAGAUAACCCCAAAAAUAUGACUAUUGAAGAUUUUCAAAGAUUUUUAGGAUUAAUAAGAGUUCUGGUUCUUACCUAUGGUAAAGGAUUAUCGAAUAUAGAGAUGUGGAAUAAAGUGAAAACUAUGGAAGAAGAGAGAAAAUCUAGACUUGUGCAACAGCAGGCUUCAAGAGAUCAAAAUUGAUUGAGACAACAUUUUAAUUAUUAUGUUGAUGUGAAUUAAGAGACCUGAAAACAAUUUUGUUUUUAUUCUCAAAAUACAUUGAUUUAACUCAAUGGACCUAUUUGAAAUCCUUUAAGGAUGUUGGGAUUUGCUUAAAUUAAAAGCAUAUAAUUGGAUGAAAAUUAAUUAGUUAAUGUUAUGUAUGCAACUAUUUCUAGGUGUUUAAAUACUAUGAGCAAACAAAAAACAAGGUAUAGUAAUAAAAAUUGUUUCAAUGAA